GAUGUACCUGCAGAUAUGGUUGCAGAAGAAUCAGGUCCUGGUGCACAAAAUAGUCCAUACCAACUUCGCAGAAAAACUCUUCUACCUAAAAGAACAGCUUGUCCUACAAAGAGCAGUAUGGAGGGUGCUUCCACUUCAGCUACUGAAAACUUCGGUCACCGAGCAAAACGUGCUAGAGUGUCUGGAAAAUCCCAGGAUUUAUCAGCAGCACCCGCAGAACAAUAUCUUCAGGAGAAGUUGCCAGAUGAAGUGGUUCUAAAGAUCUUUUCCUACCUGCUGGAGCAGGAUCUCUGUAGAGCAGCUUGUGUGUGUAAACGCUUCAGUGAGCUGGCUAAUGAUCCAAUUUUGUGGAAAAGAUUAUAUAUGGAAGUAUUUGAGUACACUCGUCCAAUGAUGCAUCCUGAACCUGGUAAAUUUUAUCAGAUUAAUCCGGAAGAAUAUGAACAUCCAAAUCCCUGGAAAGAAAGCUUCCAGCAGCUGUACAAAGGAGCACAUGUAAAGCCAGGUUUUGCUGAACACUUCUACAGUAAUCCUGCAAGAUACAAAGGGAGAGAAAACAUGUUGUACUAUGAUACCAUUGAGGAUGCUCUUGGUGGAGUUCAAGAAGCUCAUUUUGAUGGACUUAUCUUUGUUCACUCUGGUAUAUAUACAGAUGAAUGGAUAUAUAUAGAAUCUCCAAUCACCAUGAUUGGUGCAG